GGACCGCGCGGAAGGCGGCUGGGUGGCGCACAGGCUCUAACCCGGGGGAGCCGCCUGAGUCACCCGCCCCGCCCUCCGGAGCCGGACACCGCGGGAGGCCCCAGAGCAGGAGGGAGCGAUCGUGGACCGCCGGAACCGACGCAGUAGUUGCGGUCAUGUUCCUGGUUAACUCGUUCUUGAAGGGCGGCGGCGGCGGCGGCGGGGGAGGAGGGGGUCUGGGCGGCGGCCUGGGGAAUGUGCUGGGCGGCCUGAUCAGCGGAGCUACGGGCGGCGGCGGCGGCGGCGGCGGCGUGGGGAUGGGAGGCGGCGGCGGCGGCGGUGGGACUGCCAUGCGCAUCCUGGGCGGAGUCAUUAGCGCCAUCAGCGAGGCUGCUGCGCAGUACAACCCGGAGCCCCCGCCCCCACGUAGCCAUUUCUCUAACACUGAGGCCAAUGAGAGUGAGGAGGUCCGGCAGUUCCGGAGACUUUUUGCCCAGCUGGCUGGAGACGACAUGGAGGUCAGCGCCACCGAACUCAUGAAUAUCCUCAACAAGGUCGUGACCCGACACCCAGAUCUGAAAACUGAUGGUUUUGGCAUUGACACUUGCCGAAGCAUGGUGGCUGUGAUGGACAGUGACACCACAGGCAAGCUUGGCUUUGAGGAAUUCAAGUACCUCUGGAACAACAUUAAAAAGUGGCAGGCUAUAUACAAACGCUUUGAUGUUGACCGAUCGGGGACCAUCAGCCGCAAUGAACUCCCAGGGGCCUUUGAGGCAGCAGGGUUCCACCUGAACGAGCAUCUCUACAACAUGAUCAUCCGGCGCUACUCGGACGAGAAUGGUAACAUGGACUUCGAUAACUUCAUCAGCUGCCUGGUCAGGCUGGACGCCAUGUUCCGUGCUUUCAAAUCUCUCGACAAAAACGGCACUGGACAGAUCCAAGUGAACAUCCAGGAGUGGCUGCAGCUGACUAUGUACUCCUGAGCGGGGAUCACAGAGCUGCCUCGCCACAGUGCUCUACGGAACCACCACCUGGAAUCCGGUUCCUGUCUGCAGCCCUGGUUUUUAUAGUCACCCACCCACAGGACUUUCUCCUCCCUGUCUGGUACCCAGCUUCCCAGGCAGCAGCCAGAGCUCAACAUGCCCCGGCUUGCCAUGCCCUGAGUUACCCCUGGCUCUAAGACAAGCUAGCUUGCUCUCUCUGCUGGAGGGUCACCCCACCCCCAGCACACCUAUUCCCACACCCUCCGUUACCUCCAUCCCGUCUGUGUGCCAAGCCUAACGCUCCUGAUGCUUCCAUGGCCUCAGGGCUCUAUCUCAGCGCUGGGAGGAUCAGGCCCGUCCCUACACACCCCACACCCUGUUACACACUCAUUCGGUUACCCUCCCAGGCAGCCAAAUAAACUCGGGGCCAUGGCAGGCCCACACACCCCA